AUUCAGAGCUAAGUCUCCGGGCUCCUCUCACAUCUGCAGGAGCAGCCAGCCUGGGACCGCGCGGCGCGGGGCGCGCGCUCGCCUCUCCUGCACCCCCAGCCGGCGCGCUUCUCGUAUGGGCGUCUGCUGCAGCCCGGCUGCGGUCGAACGGAAAGCGGCAGCGGGAGGCCAAACUUAGACCCAGCUGUGGACUAUAGAGCUCAGAGGAGGCAGAGGGAGAGGGAGAGAGAGAGAGAGAAGGGACUCGAGGACGAAGCUUCCACCACGUCAUUGCAGGAUGUUCUGGAAGCUUUCCCUGUCCUUGUUCCUGGUGGCCGUGCUGGUGAAGGUGGCGGAAGCCCGGAAGAACCGGCCCGCGGGCGCCAUCCCCUCGCCUUACAAGGACGGCAGCAGCAACAACUCGGAGAGAUGGCAGCACCAGAUCAAGGAGGUGCUGGCCUCCAGCCAGGAGGCCCUGGUGGUCACCGAGCGCAAGUACCUCAAGAGUGACUGGUGCAAGACGCAGCCGCUGCGGCAGACGGUGAGCGAGGAGGGCUGCCGCAGCCGCACCAUCCUCAACCGCUUCUGCUACGGCCAGUGCAACUCCUUCUACAUCCCGCGGCACGUGAAGAAGGAGGAGGAGUCCUUCCAGUCCUGCGCCUUCUGCAAGCCCCAGCGCGUCACCUCCGUCCUCGUGGAGCUCGAGUGCCCCGGCCUGGACCCGCCCUUCCGACUCAAGAAGAUCCAGAAGGUGAAGCAGUGCCGAUGCAUGUCCGUGAACCUGAGCGACCCGGACAAGCAGUGAGCGCCGCGCCCCACGCAGCGCAGCCCCGCGCGCCCGGCCGCCGCCGCCGCCGCCGCCUCCGUCCCUGCCCUCCGAGCCCGCUCUCACGCUGCCCGGUGCCCCCCUCAGCAGCCAGCACGUCUCUUAGGGCUGACGGUGUCCUUGUCACACAACGUGGAUCGCAAGUGGCGCUUUCGCCGACGCGUUCCUGACCGACCCCGGGCCCCGCCCGCGCCUCCCACACCAGGUGGCGGAUCGGGCCCGAAGGCAAAUGCUGGAAACCGCCACCCGCCCCGCCAGCAGUCGCAGAGGACCUUUCGAGGUCGCGCGCUGCAGAUCCCGCAGGGAUGUUUCCACCAUGUGGAAAAGCGAGGAUCUCCCUGCCCGCCCCCUGCACGCCAGCCCGCCCGGCUCCCGCGCGAAGUGGAGGAUGCCGCACUUUCCCGAGCUGCCCCUCAGACCUCUCCUGCUGGUCCCCUGGACCUCGGGCUGGGGGCGCUCACUCUGUGACCGGCAGGCUGCCCUCGGUUGCUGCUGUGAGGCGGAUAUGUACGACCUCCAUAAAUAAGUACGGGGAUGGGGGCGUCUCCUAAUAAACCGGUACCAGGAAGACAACGCGAGCCGCCUGGAUCCCGAAGUGGGCUUCCCGGGGAACCCUGAGCACAGCGGCUACACUCUCCCCCACCCUCCGUCACCACCACCUCUUCUUCCUCACUAUCCCCACCCCCGAUUUGUGGACUAAAGAUGAACUCUGGUGUGCAUGCUAUUAUUGCUGCAAUUAGAAUGUUAUCACACACACAAAGGUCUCUGUAUUAACGCUGGUUUUACAAGUGACCGUAUAUUGUAAAGAGCUGUUUUAAAAGUAUUAUAGACCUAUUCAUGUAUUAUUUCACAGAUUUUGACUCUGUCUUGCAGCACCAUUCUGAGUAAGGAUGAGAGCAGGGGAUGAUCUGCCCAGAAGGUGUUUUACUCAGAAAAAAAAAAAAGCCUGGUGGUCAGCAAUUCACUGUCAUGCACCUAUUUUAGAUCGGGCAGGGAGAUGGACGGAGUCGUGUUUUUUACUUUGAAUUUUAUUUCACUGAAGGUACUAAAGCAUUGCAGCACAAAGUAGAAAUUGGUUUGGGAUAGAUAGGUACAGGGAGAAGCAUUCAUUGGGAAAUUGAUGACCAGAAACUCGAAAACCCCUUUAAUGCGGAAUAUGCAUACGUGGGCUGAAACGGUAUACUAUUCUCACUGCCAUGACACUAAGCAAAAAGUAUUUCCUGUUAAAA